UAUAUACAAAAAUAUACCUAGCGUUUGCUUUUUUUCUAAUCCUGUGAUCCUCAAGGAGAUUCCUUACCCAUUCCUAACACUGAGGUGAAAUGAGAAGCUUUGGAAGUUUCCCUGUCAGGGUCCAGGAAUAACAUACACUCAGACAACAUCCUUCCCAUAGCUCUCCUGUGACUUCUGCGCAAAGGUAAACACACACUCUUUUGCCGUGUCAGAAAUAUGAUUUCAUUCUGCUGCGGUGGCGAUUCUGACAUAUGGCUUUCUGUUCCCCCACGAGCACGUACCUCCCCCCCCCCUUUCUCCCUCACUCUCCUCCCCUCUGGCCCACAUCUGGAUCCCAGCUCCUUAUUUAUUUAUGUGGUCUGUCUUGCUUUUGUGGGACUUUUAAAAAGUUCUCUACCUAGUUCUUCUGGCAGUCAGACUAGGAACUGAUGAGGUCUACAAUUACAUUUUACCAUAACUGGUCACUGUGUAAUUACAUGCUUGACCACGGAAUCUCUCCAAAAGUACAGCCCUGCUCCUCAAAUGGCAGACAGAAAUAAGAAUAGUUUCAUGUCUGUUUGGACUCUAGCCCAGCUGAAACUAUGCUCAGCUGCCUGUCUGACAGAGAAAGAGAGAGAGAGAGAGAGAGAGAGAGAGAGAGAGGGUUGGGUGCUUUACCUCCAAAAGGAAAAUUCUGAGGACACUCGAGUCUCGGAACAGUAACUAGAGUGAGCUUCAGAGCCUUCAUUUGUGAUCACGGGAAAGGAGACGUUACUUUGUUGACGAUGAACACCCGUGGGAAUGCUCCAAGAUUGUGACGCUUCGUAAAAGCUGGGGUGCUAUGCUGAAGGGGACUGAGCUUGGACAGAAUGGCAACGCCUCAGAGUUCCAGACAUAGCAGUCUGUCCUCUUCUACUCCAAAGAGCAGGAUGCAUGCCAUUCAGGUGGACUCCGUGCAGCGCUGGAUGGAAGACCUGCGGCACAUGACCGAGGUGGAGUGCAUGUGUGUGCUCCAGUCCAAGCCUAUCGGCGUAGAGGAGGAUGGCGGACAGGGGGAGCUCAUCGUCUCCGGGGCCACGGGCGCCGGAGGAGACCACGUCACCCGCAACAACCUGCAGACGCUCCUGAAGCGGGCGCUGGUGGUGAGCACGGAGCUGGGCAAGAUGUUCCAGCGGCUGGAGAAGGGCAGGUGGCAGCGCGUGCACAGCACUGCGGUCCGCACCAACUGCCACGUGCGCUCGCUCGUGCACGAGUACGGCGCCACGCGCACCACCCCGCCCGAGAUGCAGAAGUAUGAGAAGUCUUUGCUGGAGAAGUGCAUGGAGCUGACCACCAUUACAGAGAGGUGCCUCCACACUGAAGAUGAAUACUUUCUCAAGUCCAUGAAGGAAGCCAUUCAUGAGAUCCUCACUGAUGUCAGCGAUUCAUUCAGCCAAAUGAUUGACAUGGCCCUGGCCAAUGAGAUUCAGAUUCUGAUCAGGCAGAUCGAGGCUUCAGAUAAUGUUUACACCAUUGGCAGUGCCAUCAGCAACCUGCUGUCUCUCACGCAGGAUGGCCCACAGCUCUGCAGCAUCAUUGCCAAGGAAGGAGCUGUGGUGGUCCUUUUUAAGAUCUGCAGGCAGGACUGUUUCAGUAGCCUCUAUGCUCAAGCGCUCCGCACAGUGGCCUCCAUCUGCUGUGUGGAAGAAGGCAUCAACCAGCUGGAGAAGCAGGUGGACGGGAUCCUGUGCCUGGCAGACAUCCUGACAGACGAGUCGUGUGCCGAGGCGGCGCGGGCUGAGGCGGCAGCAGUGGUGGCCCAGAUCACCUCCCCCCACCACACCUCCACUCAGCACCUGGCCAGCUUCCUGGAGAGCAUGCAGGACAUCGUCACGGCCCUCAUCAAGCUGUGUGAGACUGCCUCCUGUGGGGAGGUGUUUCUGCUGGCCUCAGCGGCGCUCGCUAACAUCACCUUCUUUGACAGCAUGGCCUGUGAGAUCCUCCUGCAGCUCAAUGCCAUUCAGAUCCUCCUGCAGGCGUGCUGCGACCGCCAGAGGGUGGACACGCCCUACUCUAAAGACCAGGUUGUGACCAUACUGGCCAAUCUGUCUGUGCUGGAGCAGUGUGCUACAGAGGUCUUGCAGGAGAAAGGAAUCGAGCGUCUGCUGCUGCUGCUGGGGGAGAAGCCCAGCUCGUCCAGCCCGUCCGAGGGCGCUGCAUGUGAGCGCGUGCAGCAGAAGGCGGCCGUGACACUCGCCCGACUCAGCAGGGACCCGGAGGUGGCUCAGACUGCCAUCCAGUUACAGGCCGUCCCCCGUCUUAUCGAGCUGUGCCGCUCCCCGGCUGAGAGGAACAACAGCGACUCAGUGCUCGUGGCCUGUCUGGCGGCACUGAGGCGUUUAGCAGCUGGCUGCCCUGACAGUAUCGAGCCAUCAGACCACCAGCAGCUCAUCAAGCCCAGACUGGUGGACUCCUUUCUGCUCUGCUCCAACAUGGAGGAAAGCUUUGUGUGAGGGGCCACCUCAGCGGACUUCACAUACCCCUCAUAUCUGCUAUCGGUGUAGUGGCUCUCUGAUCAAAAGGAAACGUGCUACUAAAUUAUUAUAUUAUGAUAAUGUAUUAUAACCACGCUUUAACAUGUGGUAUAAGCUGUUCAUUUGUCAUUUUUAUUUAAAAAGAUUAUUAUCAACGUGGCAUGCACAGAAUAAAGCAAUAUUUUAUGCAGCAUCGUAA